AUGCAAGAAGUGUUACUGGGCAGAGGCCUGGGUGCGCGUAGCAGCGAGUACACCACACGCCUGCCGCCGAAUGCCUUGCUGCAGAUCAUCCCAAGCUUGGUCCGAAACACACGGACCUUGGGUACAACCAUUUCGAUCCGGAGGCUUUUGCUGCGUCGAGCUGAGUUGGAAGCGUUCUCAAUUUGUGCCGAAGCAGUCGGCGCGAACAUGAGCGUAGCCAAGGUUUUGGGAAGCAGCCUCCUGAAAGGAAGUCGUCUGGAAUACCUGGGCAUGGCCAAAACGGCCUCGGUCAUGGCAUCGCAGCCCAUGAGCGGCUUCCUUGAGCAGCUGCCGGCGGAUAAGAGCCUCAAGUUUUUGGAUCUUUCCGACAACCAGCUGGACGAGAGCGCCGCGCUGAUGCUCGAGUAUGGCCUUCAGAACCAUCCCAGCAUCGAGCUUCUCGACGUCUCAACAAAUCCAUUGGGGCAGAAUGGACUAUGCUCACUUCUUCGCCUCCUCUCCAGUGAGCAAUGCCCAGAGCUUUGCAACAUUCUGCUCGAAGAUGUGCAGGUUGCAUCAGGAGGGGAUGUGUCUGAAGGGCUCUUCGAUGUCGACCCAUCUGGCCAGUAUUCGCUGGACAUGGCGAUGCCUGGUCAGCGCACCUGUUUCCGAUUGUUGCUAACCAACUUAGCGCAGUUGGGUGGCAGCCGGAGCCAAUACCUCAAGAGUGCCAUGUUGACCACCUCUCCCAAGAUGCCUCCAUCGCCCUACAAUGUGGAUGGUGUGCGCAAGAAGCGGGGUGUCUGGAACGUUCCUACAUCGGGUAUCCUGAGCUUCGUGCUCAGUCUCAACGAUUUCUUCUUGAAGGACGAGGUGGAAAGUACCGGCCUCUACUCGGAGGUCGUGGAGAGGAUGUUGGUAAAGAGGAAGCGAACCUGGAAGUCGAAGCGGAAGACUUUUGCUGUGCUUCAGAAGGUGAACUCCCUGGAGGGACCCCUCUUCGAUGCCUUCCUCCUGGCACUGUUGCAGGACUUCCAGCUGAGCAAGGACCAGGUGAUGGCCGUCUACAUGAACCAAGGUGACAAGGCCAAGGAGACGCUCAUCAGAAUGCUGCCAGCUGCCCUGAACCCACGGUCUUUGCUGCACGCGGCGCUCAAUACCGACUCAAUCAAGGACAUCCUGGAUUUCGAGAGAUCCGCGAGGGCCCCGCUGUCCUUGAACUUGGAGAACCCUACGGGGCAUUAUUCCCUGCGACUCGAGCACCUUCCGACCCGCACAGUGGUUCAGAAGCUUCUGCUGCUCAACCGUUGGCAGCUCCACCUCUGGCGCAAGGCCAAUCUCGUCGACGUCAGUAUAGACGGCAAAGGGAAAUGCCUCCGGAAUGCUUUGCUGGAUGGCAAGUCUCUCAGCUUCUCUGACACCGAUUGGCGCAUCCCUCCACAAGGGCUGUUGACCUUCGACUUCGUCGCCCUGUAUAGGCCCCCUGCUGGAGCCAAGCCCAUCCCCAUUGAGACGUGGGGCAACGUGCUGGCUGCAAUGCAGGCUGCACUGACACUGAAGAAGAAAGGGCACAUCAACACGGAGGAGGAUGAUGAGGAGAGUGCCGAGAAAGUCAACCAGGCCAUGUGGGCUCUUCGAGGGAUCAGUUCGCGAGUGUGGAUCCUCUCGCGUCAGCUGAGAAACCUCCUCUGCAUCUUCCUGCACAGAGGCGAUCGAGCCGCUAUCCUUUGCAUGAUGUUCCUGCGGUGUGUUGACUGGCCCAUCAAUGGCAAGUGUUGCCAGCCGAAGUUCACAAAGUCACACUGGAAGGGCCUCAGUGAAAAGUUAGGCUACAUGAACCUCUUCCCCUAUGGCCAGCCGGAGAUGUCAUUUCACACCAUCGACCUUGCCCAGUGGGAGCAACGGCGCUGCCUGCACACACUCGUCCGGCUGUCGAAUGCAGAGGAUGCAGUGAACAUCAAGAACCCUGUGAUGGACAAGGACGCGAAUCCAAAUGCCCCUGCCUUCCAGCCUUUCGUUGCAGGCAUUCCGAAUUCUUGGGCCGAGUGGGACAACGUGCCUGCGCAGGGGAUCAUGCAGUGCAGUUACAACUGCGCGGUGGACCGCCAAAAUCUCAAGGUCCGACGGCGGCUGGCUGCGACCGUCGGUGGCUGGGCAAACCUUCCAGACACGGCCUUCGACCUUUGGUCGUGCCUGGAAGAUGUUCCACCCGAGGUCCUGAAGGUAGUGGUCUUCAUGAUCCGCAACUGGAAGAGCACUGACGCAGCGUUUACCGCGCUGAACACGCAGCCGGACAACAUGCUGAACCACAAGGAGUUUGUGGAUGGACUGGCCAAAGCCGGCUGCUGUCGCACACGCAGGCCGAGGCUGCGGACUACGAAUUUGACAGUUCCUGUGGGCUCCCGAUCUGUUCCUGGAAGCCCCUCCGGGGAGUGGGAGAGCGAUGAUUCAGUGCAGCUAGACGCCUUGUCCAGCGUGUUCCGCUACCUGGACACCUCACACGAUGGUGAUAUAUCGCGAAGAGAGUUUGAGACGCUGGAGCGAGUCUGGCGUGAGCUCCAACAAUCCAUGUAUGAGCUAAAGAACGACUUGGAGAUCUUUUAUGGAUCCUUGACGAAGGCCUUCGAGGCCAUCGAUGUCGAUGAGAGCGGUGCGAUUUCCUUCGAUGAGUUCCGAAAGUGUGUGGAGGCAACGCAGUUCGAUGGGCCCGUGAUGGAGAUCUUCAUGUUUGUCGACCUGAAUGGGGACCAGGAGAUUGAUGGCCAUGAGUUCUUCAUCCUCGAAGAGUACAGUCACGCGCCUCCGUUGCCGGACUUUACGGAUGCUAAGACAGCCAAGAUGGCCAGGCUCUUCAACCAGAAAUAG